AUGAAGCCCCUCAUGCUGCUACUGCUGCUGCUCCCCUUCGUGGGGCAGGCCUCCCUCUCCUUCGUGGUCCCAGAAAAGGAGAAGGACCCCCAGUUCUGGCGGCUGCAGGCCCAGGAGACGCUGCAGAGAGCCUUGAACCUUCAAAAGCUGAACACCAACGUGGCCAGAAACGUCAUCCUCUUCCUCGGAGACGGGAUGGGCAUCUCCACCGUCACGGCCGCUCGCAUCCUCAAGGGACAGCUGCAGCAGAGAAACGGGGAGGAAACCAUAUUGGAGAUGGACCGGUUUCCCUUUGUGGCGCUCUCUAAGACCUACAACACCAAUGCCCAGGUGCCCGACAGCGCGGGCACUGCCACCGCUUACUUAUGCGGCGUGAAGGCCAACGAGGGCACCGUGGGGGUCAGUGCGGCCGUGACGCGGUCCCAGUGCAACACGACAGCCGGCAACGAAGUGACCUCCAUACUCAAGUGGGCAAAAGCUGCAGGCAAAUCUGUGGGCAUUGUCACCACCACCCGCGUCAACCACGCCACGCCGAGUGCCGCUUACGCACACUCGGCCGACCGGGACUGGUACUCCGACAACGAGAUGCCCCCGGAAGCGCUUCAGCAGGGGUGCAAAGACAUCGCCCACCAGCUGUUUGAAAACAUCCCGGACAUUGAGGUCAUCAUGGGGGGAGGCCGGAAGUACAUGUUCCCCAAGAACAUGAGCGACGUGGAAUACCCGGAUGAGGAGAAGUACAAGGGGACCCGGCUGGACAACAGGAAUCUGGUCCAGGAGUGGCGGGAUGCCAAGCCCAAAGACAAGAAUGCCCUCUAUCUAUGGAACCGGGCGGCGCUGAUGGAGCUGGACCCAGCCAAAGUCGACUACCUCUUGGGUCUCUUUGAGCCCAUCGACAUGAUGUACGAACUGAGCAGGAACAACCAAACCGACCCUUCCUUGACCGAAAUGGUGAGGGUGGCGAUCCGGAUGCUGCAGAAGAACCCCCAUGGAUUCUUCCUACUGGUGGAGGGGGGCAGGAUUGACCACGGGCACCACGAGGGGAAGGCCAAGCAGGCCCUCCACGAGACGGUGGAAAUGGACCGAGCCAUCGGCGAGGCUGGCAUCCUGACCUCUUCCGAGGACACCCUGACAGUGGUGACCGCGGACCACUCCCAUGUCUUCACCUUCGGGGGCUACACAACCCGUGGCAACUCCAUUUUCGGGCUGGCCCCGAUGCAGAGCGACAUGGACAAGAAGCCCUUCACUUCCAUCCUGUACGGAAACGGACCCGGGUACAAAAUGGUAGCCGGAGAGAGAGAGAACGUCUCGGCGGUCAAUUUCACCGAUACCAACUACCAAGCGCAGUCAGCCGUCCCGCUGCGCAUGGAAACGCACGGAGGGGAGGACGUGGCCGUCUUCGCCAAGGGCCCCAUGGCUCACCUCCUCCACGGGGUCCACGAGCAGAACUACAUCCCCCACGUGAUGGCCUACGCAGCCUGCAUCGGCGAGAACCAGGCGCACUGCCACUCGGGCGCGCCAGGCAGCAGCCACUCCGGGUCCGUCCCUCUGAUGUCGGCCAUCUUCUCCGUUCUCCUGCUCCGAGUUUUGUUCUAAAGGCUCUGCUCCUCAGACUCUCUGGAUCGAGGCGUCUGCCUGCUUUCGAGAUUUCCAGCCUCAAAUAUCCCUCGCGGGGUUUCUGGCUUCGUGGAGGGGGAAAAACCACAUUGGACGGCUUGACUUACUUCCCAAGGAACUGCUCCGCUCUGGAACAGGAUGAUCUGUGGCGCCAGGAUCGGUGCCAAUCGGAGCAGCUGGAAACGCUGGGAUAUAUAUUUU